AUGGCUGCUGAUAUGAACGAAACAUUUAUGAUUCGAACAUCGACACCUGAAAUACUAACGGAUGAUAGUGAAGUAGUGUCAAUGGAUAAAGUUCAAAACACUUUAUCACAAAUUCAAUUGAAAACACAAUUAAGUGACGAACAAAACGAGCAUUGUGUUCAAUCACAUCGACAUCAAACACCACCAAUGGAGCUUGUUAUUUUGCCAAAAACUCAGGAUCAAAUUACAUUUCCUAAUGUGAUUGAUCUUAAUGUAGGUGGUUAUCAUUAUACAACUAGUUUAUCAACAUUACGAAAAUAUGAUGAUUCAAUGUUAGCUGUUAUGUUCAGUGGACGAUAUGACCUUGUGAGAGAUGAAGAAGGACAUAUUUUUAUUGAUCGUGAUGGAAGUCAGUUUGGUCAUAUUUUAAAUUACAUCCGUUGUGAUCAAAUGCCACCGGAAUCAGUUGCAUUAGAUGUAUUACGCGAAACAGAAUUCUUUUGUAUUAGUUCACUUAUAGCUAAACUAGAAAGUUCAAGUCCAUGUGUUAUAUCAUUACGUCGUCGAGAAUCAUUUCGUCGUCUUAUACCUGAUUAUGAACACAUGAAAAUGGAUAUUAUUAAUCGAUCAGCUGAAAAACGUUCAUCAUUUCAUGAAUCACGUGUCGUUAUAACACAACUUGAUCACACAAAAUUAAAAGGAACUAUACCAUGUUAUAAUUGUAGUCGAGAAUUCGUUACAGUUAAUCAUGCUUGCGCCUUCGAUGGCCUAACAGCUGAUUUACAAAUUCAAAAACAACUUAAACCUGUUCAAUCCGAUAUACAUAUUGAUAUGGAUAAACUUGUUGCAUUUGUUGUUGACGAACUAGUCCAUGACGGCUUUAAAGCCUCAGUUGAACGUGUAAGAUGUCGUUUUAGUGUUCGCUGUCAAAGUUGUACUCUGAGUGGUUUAUAUACAGCAGGUGGAAUUUUAGCACCAAGAGAAUGUCAAAAUAUUGCGCAUGUCAUUAAAUUUAUAUGGUCAUAA